AUGUAUAUGAAAGACUUUGUUGGUGAUAUGCUAGAGAUAGUAAUAGAGCCCGAACUCGAAUCUGAUAAAAGAGAACUGGUACAAGUGACACAUAAUGAAUGUCACUUUUAUGCAAAUGAUGGACAGCUUAAAAUUUGGACCAGAAAAGAUGAGGAUGUUUUAUAUCCAAACACAUGGGAUGCGAAUCUACAUGUUAAACACAAAGAAGCUUAUGUUCUUCACUCUGUACAAGCAAAUAGAUAUUGGAAGGCAGGGCACAUGUUAAAACAG